AUGUCUUCCGACGUUGUUGCUCAGGAACAAGCUGCUUUCGACGCCGAAGUGGCCGACGUUAAGAGGUGGUGGAAAACUGAACGUUUUCGCCUGGUCAAGCGUCCUUACUCUGCCGAACAUAUUGUCUCUAAACGUGGAUCCUUGAAGCAAUCGUAUGCGUCUGAUACACAGGCUAAGAAAUUAUGGGCUUUGUUAAAGCAACAUCAGAAGAAUAAGACUGCUUCUCAUACCUUUGGCGCACUAGAUCCUAUUCAAGUUGCCCAAAUGGCAAAAUAUCUAGAAACUGUUUACGUUUCCGGUUGGCAAUGUUCAUCUACUGCUUCCACUUCCAAUGAACCCGGCCCGGAUCUUGCCGAUUAUCCUAUGGAUACUGUUCCUAAUAAGGUUGAGCACUUAUUCCUGGCUCAACAAUUUCACGACAGGAAGCAACGUGAAGCUCGUUUUAGUUUGUCGAAAGAACUGCGAGCCAAAGUAGCGUAUGUUGAUUAUCUGCGGCCCAUUAUAGCUGAUGCCGAUACUGGUCAUGGUGGCAUUACGGCAGUCAUUAAACUGGCUAAGAUGUUUGUCGAACGAGGUGCGGCUGGCAUUCAUAUUGAGGAUCAGGCCCCUGGUACUAAGAAAUGUGGACAUAUGGCUGGGAAAGUACUGGUUCCUAUUUCGGAACAUAUUAAUCGAUUGGCUGCCAUCCGUGUUCAAUUUGAUAUUAUGGGAGUUGAGAAUCUGAUUGUUGCUCGAACCGAUUCAGAGGCUGCUACAUUGAUCACUUCAAAUAUUGAUUAUCGUGAUCACUCGUUCAUCGUUGGAUCAACAAAUCCUAAGCUUCGUCCGUUGGUUGAAGUCUUGGAUAAAGCUCAAGCUGCCGGCAAGACUGGCGAGGAAUUGGCGGCUAUCGAGAACAAAUGGGUUACUGAUGCUGGUUUGAAGUUGUAUGGAGACGCAGUGGCUGACGCGAUUAAGAUUUCGAAUAAGCCCGAUAAAAAUACGCUGUUGAAGACGUGGAAUGCUAAAGUGAACACUUUACCACACGAUGAUGCUAAAGCUUAUGCUAAAUCGAUCGGGUUCGAUUUGUUCUGGGAUUGGGAUGCCCCCCGCACUCGGGAAGGAUAUUAUCGAUAUCAAGGAGGUACACGAUGUGCUAUUAAUAGAGCUGUUGCGUAUGCACCAUAUACUGAUCUCAUAUGGAUGGAAACGAAAAGUCCUAUAUACGCACAAGCGAAAGAAUUUGCUGAAGGCGUUUUAGCCGUGCAUCCUGAAAUAAUGCUAGCGUAUAACUUAUCCCCUAGUUUUAAUUGGGAUGCAGCUGGAAUGAACGACCAACAAAUUCGCAGCUUCAUUUGGGACUUGGGCAAGUUGGGAUUUGCUUGGCAAUUUAUCACACUUGCUGGCUUUCAUUCAGAUGCACUUGGCAUUGAUGUAUUUGCUCGCAAUUAUGCUAAAGAGGGAAUGCUGGCAUACGUGGCUGGCAUACAGCGCCAAGAAAGAGCAAACGGGGUGGAGACAUUACAACAUCAGACAUGGUCAGGAGCCAAUUACUACGAUUCCUUGAUCAAGACUGUCCAAGGAGGCAUAGCUUCUACAGCUGCUAUGGGUAAAGGCGUUACGGAGGAUCAGUUUAAAGGGACUUAA